GGUGGGAAAUACGUGCCCAGGGCCAUCCUGGUGGAUCUGGAGCCCGGCACGAUGGACUCGGUGCGCUCCGGCCCCUUCGGGCAGAUCUUCCGGCCCGACAACUUCGUCUUCGGCCAAAGCGGCGCCGGCAACAACUGGGCCAAGGGUCACUACACGGAGGGCGCCGAGCUGGUGGACUCGGUGCUGGACGUGGUGCGCAAGGAGGCCGAGAGCUGCGACUGCCUGCAGGGCUUCCAGCUGACCCACUCGCUGGGCGGCGGCACCGGCUCGGGCAUGGGCACCCUGCUGAUCUCCAAGAUCCGCGAGGAGUACCCCGACCGCAUCAUGAACACCUUCAGCGUGGUGCCGUCGCCCAAGGUGUCGGACACGGUGGUGGAGCCCUACAACGCCACGCUGUCGGUGCACCAGCUGGUGGAGAACACGGACGAGACGUACUGCAUCGACAACGAGGCGCUCUACGACAUCUGCUUCCGCACCCUCAAGCUGACCACGCCCACCUACGGCGACCUCAACCACCUGGUGUCGGCCACCAUGAGCGGCGUCACCACCUGCCUGCGCUUCCCGGGCCAGCUCAACGCCGACCUGCGCAAGCUGGCCGUCAACAUGGUGCCCUUCCCGCGGCUGCACUUCUUCAUGCCGGGCUUCGCGCCGCUGACGUCGCGGGGCAGCCAGCAGUACCGCGCCCUCACCGUGCCCGAGCUCACCCAGCAGGUGUUCGACGCCAAGAACAUGAUGGCCGCCUGCGACCCGCGGCACGGCCGCUACCUGACGGUGGCCGCCGUCUUCCGGGGCCGCAUGUCCAUGAAGGAGGUGGACGAGCAGAUGUUGAACGUGCAGAACAAGAACAGCUCGUACUUCGUGGAGUGGAUCCCCAACAACGUGAAGACGGCGGUGUGCGACAUCCCGCCGCGGGGGCUGAAGAUGGCCGUCACCUUCAUCGGGAACAGCACGGCCAUCCAGGAGCUCUUCAAGAGGAUCUCGGAGCAGUUCACGGCCAUGUUCCGGCGCAAGGCGUUCCUGCACUGGUACACGGGCGAGGGGAUGGACGAGAUGGAGUUCACCGAGGCCGAGUCCAACAUGAACGACCUGGUCUCCGAGUACCAGCAGUACCAGGACGCCACGGCCGAGGAGGAGGAGGAUUUCGGGGAGGAGGCCGAAGAGGAGGCUUGAAGCGGGGGUUGGUUCCUUCAG